GGCAGUAUUGUCAUACACACAAGCACACGCUUCUGCACACCAAUCAGUUCACCAGAAAGAGGAGAGACUCGCGCUGAGAGCCUUCUCAAUGGGAGACAAGAGCUGAGAGACGGAGAGAGAGAGAGAGAGAGAGCGAAUGCGCGCAAAGGAGAGAAAGAGGUGCCGUCGCAUGUGCAAGACCAAAAAAGUGAAGAGGCAAAUUAGCUUGUUAUUCCCCCAAAGAAGCAUCACCUUCAGAGAGGAGCGUAAGGAGGCUGAGAAGCAGGAGGAAAAAGACAUUGCUGAUUCUCUGCUGAUUUAAAGGUGACAUGACAAGCCUCUCGUCCCUCAAAAUCCCUGCGAGUUUCUGACAGCGUUUUUGCAGCGGUGACUGGAGUUUCUGCCUGCGCUUCGGGUGGAUUGCAGACUUAUAAGAGAAGAGAGGAAAAGGGAUCAAGGGCAGGAGAAGGGAACAAAAAGGGGAACCAAAAGUGUCCUCGUCUUUCCCUGAUCCAAACUGGAACUUUUUUUUUUCUUUCCCAGGGAAGAGCAUGGUGGAUUUAUGAUGUUGUGCUGAGGAUGUUGGACGAAUAUUGACCACACGUUGCUUUAACGUUCUUCUGACUGUGGUUCACAGCCGGUGCUCCUGCCAUGUCCUGGCUCCUGUGUCUGUGGAUAAGUGUUAGCUGCUUACUGCUCUGUCACGCCACUUUAUACGAAACCAUCCAGCAGCAUCAUGUGACCCGUCCGGGCCGAAACGCCAUCCAGAUACUGGAAGGAGGAACAUGUGAGGUGAUCGCAGCACACCGAUGUUGCAACAAGAACCGUAUUGAGGAACGUUCCCAGACGGUCAAGUGUUCAUGUUUACCAGGAAAAGUGGCUGGCACGACACGAAACAAACCCUCCUGUGUAGACGCCUCCAUUGUGAUUGGGAAGUGGUGGUGUGAGAUGGAGCCAUGUCUGGAGGGAGAAGAGUGCAAGACGCUACCAGACAACUCCGGCUGGAUGUGUUCCUCUGGGAAUAAGAUCAAGACCACGAGGAACACCCAGCCAUAUUCCACUUUUUAGCUCUGAGGGCCACUCAAUCUUCAGAAGCUCAGCGGCGUCCUUCUCCUCAUCAAGAUUCAUCCCCGGACCUAACAAAGAGCUCCUUCACAGGCGGUGAAUGUGGAUUCUCUCUGUCAAAAAAAUGGACGAAACCAUUCAUUCAAAGGGGUGUUUGACUGGAUUACCUGUGAAUGAACAAUAAAGGAGGAUAAAUACACAAUAUUUGCUCAUUCGGUGCCAAGGAAUAUAUGAAAAAUCGAAAUAAAGCAGGCUAAUCUGUGUUUUGAUCAAUGAGCCCAACGCUGCGGACUCAACAGUCCUGUACACUUCCGUCGAUUUUCUGUGUUUCUCCUGACCACCUUCCUCUGGUUCUAAACUUAUACAGCUUAGAGGAGCCGUUUACUGGAUUUCAAAUUAUACCUGAAGACUUUACCUCCCUAGGUAAACUGGACAAUCCUGAUAUAAGCUGUGAACGACUGUAUGAAGGAUCAUGAUGGAUAAGCGCUGGUCUGUGAAAAUGAGGAGGAAAUCAAUAGGAGAUUUUUUCCAUCCCUCCAUCAAUCUGUCAUUGCGUCGUCCACGCUGGCUUUGGUAAUAGACUGGGAGUUUGUGAAGCCCUACUGUUUCCCCUCCACUUCUGAGUUUAUCACUCAGUGCUACUGUCUACAUGCUGUUCGUUUUGGAAAAUCCCCCCCGCAGGUCAAAGCUCACCCUCUCACCGUCUACACCUACUUGAGCCAGAUAUCUUUUUAUUUGUCGGCAUGCUCAAUGUAUUUUGUGGGAGCUUUGUAUUGAAAGUAACUGUAUAUAUUUCUGUAUAUAUACAUAUAGAUACAUAUUAAAAGAUAUCAUAUGAAGAUCUAACAUGCCCAUAAACCUGUUCAGUGGGACUAUA